UUUUCAGUGACAAUAUUUAUUUCUAGAUACAAGAACAUAUAUUGGUAAAGAAAAAGGUUCGUUCGCUUUUUAUUGAUUUUUCAAAAUAUGAUAACAUUGUGAUUGAAUCAAGUAUGCGCCGUUUUAUUCGUAAGUUUGUUGCCAACGAGAUGCCAACUUCAUUAUACCCCUCUCAUAGAAGACUGCGUCCCUAUUGGCAAAAAACUCGGAGAGCCAAUUUUCACAGACCUCUCUUGAGGCCAACUUCUCACCAUUAAGCGCUAUCGCCAGGUGAGGACUAUAAGAUGGGUGGAUUAGGACCUCCCAUCCGAGCUCCUCGAACUUUUGGCGUGUCACCAAAGACGUGCGUGGCCUGUCGUUGUCUUUAUAGAACACAAUUCGGCCUCUGUUCAUCAAAGUUGGCCUCUUUUGGAUGAGUGGCUUAAAGCGCAAAUGGACUGCUUGGACCGCAGUAGAGGGCCGAAUUGAACAUUUGGCCAUAGGGGAGCAGCUCGUAGUGGAUAAUUCAUUGCCAAUCCCACCAAACACACAGCAAAAUCUGGUGCAUCUUUGACACCGAAAUUACCGGAGCGGAGCCUGGCAAUAGCCUGAUGAAUUUAGAACCCGUAUCCUCAAAAAUCGAAAAAAUUAUUAUUAACAUGUUACGGUAUUCAUUCUGAUCAUAUCGGCAUAAAUUUUGAUAGAUAUACUUCUGUCUGGCAACAACCAUACAGGAACACAACGAUGUUUACCUUUCCGAGUACUGUCACUCCCGCAACAACCUUGCCGAACAUUUUUGCGGUUACUAAAAAAUCUAAAUUUUUUUUAUUUUACACAUUUUGUGGCAACACUAAAUCCAAACGCCACAGCAAAAUGCCAAAACCAUCAGGUGCGAUUUUUCAACUUAAACAGAAGGCUCAGAACAAAACAAAACACAUGUUGAUGGCGUUAUAUUUUUAAAAACCAUGCACAGGUAUAUGUACAUAUGUAUAUACAUGCUACCACAUUUGAAAUACGCAAACAACUCUCACAGAGCAAAGCUCUCACAAUGUUUGUAUGGUAACGCGCUCAUGAAGACAAAAAUCUCAAUACUUAAAGCAGGAAUAUUAAACGUUCUGAAUCACUUCCAGGGUAAGGCGUACUACUAAAUUACUGUUAAGCGGCGUAGAUUGCAGACAGAAAAAACACUAAGGAAAAGUAAACUUAGUAGCUUUGUAGAUGUGCAGACGGUGCAUUUAAAUCUAAGAUAUAAUCUUCAAGAAUUAAGCAACUCCAGCCGAUUGAUACUUCAUAUCUUCCACGAUGCUCCAAACUUCCGCUUAAGUGAAUUUUGGAUGGUAGCAAAAAAGAAGCAUAACUAAUGCAGGGAAUUAUUCGAUGGCACACAGAUCAGUAAAGUCGUGUAGCAUGCUCAAUGAUCUCAGUCCGAGCACCCCUCUUUAGCCAAUCAACAGAUUUAAAUAAAUUUAUUAGAAACACUUGGUUCACCGUUCCAAAGGCCAAUUGCUCCUGCUCAAGAAUUUGAUCGCGGGAAAGCACGUAUGGCGUAAGAGGGGACUCAAAUUCAGUAAUUCCCAUGACGGUGGGGAUUUAGAUUAUUAUUAUUUUUAUUUUACGUUAACAGUAGUAAGUGACUUGCUUUAAAACAAAACAUUCUUCAAUAUUUUUUUUGAAUACUUACUUUCUUACUCCGACAUUUUUAGUCACAUGUCAACCGAACUUUUGAAAAUUUAUUUAAAUAAAUUAUGUAUGUAAGAUCAUACGGGAAGGAAAAAUCUUGAUUUUCAUAUUAUUUUUACGCACACAUGAAAGUAAUUUAAAAUAUUACAAUUUUUAAGAUGCCAAAUUGCAAAUUUAUCUUCGAACGCGAUCCGCCGCUGUAUAAGUGCGGCGAACGUGUUAGCGGUAAUAUAGAAAUAGCAUUCUCAAAGGAGCAAUCACUUGAAGACUUACGCAUAGUAUUUCGAGGAAUGGCCACAGUCCGUUGGGUUGACACGAUGGCACGUUUUCCGAAAAUUUACACCGGCGAGGAGACAUACAUGGAAUUGGAGACGCUGGUUUACCAGGGUGGCAUACUACCAGCGGGUACUUAUAAUUAUGCAUUCGAUUAUGUAGUGCCAGAUGUAUGUGCCACUACUUGUACAACAGAAAUCGGACGAAUUUUUUAUGAAAUUAUUUUAAUUGUGGCUUAUAAGGCUAAAUCAGAGGCGCGCAAAUUUUCAAAAGAAAUUAUGGUAUUGCAAACAUUUAACAUAGAAAAAGUGCCAAACACAUUGUUGCCCAUCGUGCGCAGUGAUGAAAUGUUUUUCUGUUGUUGGCCAUGUUCUGCCGGUCCUGUAACGGUGCACUUAAAAGUGAAUAGUGGCGCCUACAUACCUGGAAGCAUCAUCAAAUUUUCCAUUGAAUUGGCCAACAUGUCGAAGAGGUGUAAAUUUCGCACUCGCGCCACCACCUAUUUCAUACAAGUCUAUAAAUUCACCACACAAGUGCCGCGCCGUCGUAUCCGUUAUAUGUCGUACAUUUUGAAUAGUGUUGAGAAUCGUGUUGUUGUCAAAUCAGACGAUAUAGUCGUAGUCGAUGAACAACUAGCCGUGCCACCAUUGCCGCCAUCCACACAGGGCAUACACAUUAUAUCGAUUAAGUAUGAGCUGCGUCUCGAAAUGAGUAUCAGCACGAUCUCACAAGCUAAAGUGGAUUUGAUCAUACCCAUACUGAUAGGCUCCUCUGCGGAGAUAUUACCAGAGCAUACGAGAACGAAAACUAAAAGUAGACGCUGGUAAUAUUUUCCAUUUUAUUUACGUUUCUGCACUUUCAUGCUGCAACCGUUAUAUAAAUACUUGAUUCUACUUAUUGUUUACGUAUACAGUUCAUUUUAAAAUGCUUUUUAUGUUUAUAUAUGAAUGUGUGUAUGUAAGUUUAGUUAAAAUCUAAUUAUGCUACUGUAAAUAUUUUAUAAUGAUUGAUCAAUAA